GGUCCCUGGGGGAGAACGGCUGGCUCUGGGAGGGUGGGAUUCCAGGGAUCCUGCUCUUUCCCCGGGCAGGCAGAACGUGCUGGUGUGUGCAUGUGCCUGGGUGCCUGCCCCAGCGUGUGCCUGUCCUGUGAGCAUCCCUUCCCGCCACCGGCAGCUGACCUGCUCCUUCCUGCACCGUGUGAGCCCCAGGCUGCACCGGGAAUGCUAUUGAUCCGCGGCAUUAGUCAGCAGCCUUUUCCCAUUGAAGGCCAGCUCUUUCCCAGCUUCUGACACAUAAUUCUGAUCCCAGCCUUUCACGUACCACACACUCCCCACCUGCUCAUCUGGGAGAAGGUCAUUAUCCCCAGGCUAUUCAGUGGCAAUGGAGCAUGCAAGAAUAGAUGCUUCUCCUAUUGUGCUGCCCGCCUCCCGGAUUGGCUGUGGAGUGUGGGAAACACCACCAAGCCAGAGACCCACAGACUCUUGGAGAGGUUGUACGGUAUAAAUACCAGGCAGAGCCAGCCUCCAGCCACACACUUCUCCUGGACUUCCACUUCGAGACCGUCCCUGCUUUCCCAGGACAGAUGGCUCCCAGCACUGUUUUCAUGGAGCCCGACAACCUGCUGACACCAAAGGAGAAAAACAAACUGAGGAAGCCAGUUGUGGAGAAAAUGCGUCGUGACCGGAUUAACAGCAGCAUUGAGCAGCUGAAACUGCUGCUGGAGAAGGAGUUCCAGAGACACCAGCCCAACUCCAAGCUGGAGAAAGCUGACAUCCUGGAGAUGGCUGUCAGCUACCUGAAGCAGCAGAGCCAGCUGCAGGUGAAGGCUGCAGGACCCUUCCAUAAGAGCUCUCAGUUUGACUUCAGAGAGGGCUAUUCCAGAUGUUUGCAAGAAGCCUUCCAUUUCCUCUCUCUUCACAAAGUCCGAACUGAAACACAGACCAAACUUUUAAGCCACUUCCAGAAGAGCCAGUCAGCUGCCACGGAGGUCCCCUUUUCCCCCGGGAACCCCAGCUUCCUGAAGCCAGCAUCUCCGAAAGAUGCCAGCACCCUCUGGAGGCCCUGGUAGUCCAGGAGCACUUAUUUCGUGGACCUUUGCCUUUUACAGUCCAGAGGAAGGAUCUGACUGCAUCUGAUAGUCCAGCUCCAAUCCUCUCUUCUGUAGGGAAUAUUAUUUCCCCGUGUAUUUUAUUUAUCAGUACACAGAAUAGCACACUUUUGACUUUGGGAUCCUUUGGCAAAAGUUCAGGCUUUCUGUUGCAUGGUCCUGGAGCUGUGUAGACACUGCUGGUAACAGUACACAGCGUGCUGCCAGCCAGGGGUGAAUGCCUUCAAAAUGAAGGGGGGUGUUUUGUAAGUGUUACAGCUGUGAUGGACACGAAUUGCUGUAGGAGAGAUUACUCUCAUAUUGCUUGUAAGAGGCAUCAGCUCUGCUCUGGCUUGACUAGCAACGAUUGUUUGCUCAGUCACCCCGGAGGAUAAAUUUACUGCCCUUUUGUUCAUGCACACUUGAUUAAAAUCAGUUUCCCUCUGCUUAUAACCUGUACAGAAUCAGAGAUGGGUUUGGUUUGGUUUGGUUUUGGAUUUUUCCCCAUGGCCCUUUCAUAAUCCUAGUAUAUAAAGGACAGAAACUAGGAAACUAUGUGGAAUAUUUCUACUACUUUGCUGCUUUUUUCAAUUUAGAAAAAGAGGAUGUUACUGCUUUACGUUAAAGAAAAGGUAGUGGGUAAAAGGCUUGAUUUGUCAAUGUUAUACAUUUUGUGUGUAAGCUAUGCUUUUUCUAGCAUUUUCAUUAUAAUAAUGAUUUUUGUCUGUAUUGAGUGGUUAAUUCAUGGUGGAUAGUGUUUCUCCCACAAGUGGGACAGCCCUAGGGCUACCUGCAUACUGUGUAUGCAUCUCUGUGUUUGUAGAGAGCAAUAAAA